CUGUUAAACAAGUGUAAACAAAAUUUCCUUCCCAGCGGCAGCGGUGGGAAUCGGCGACGGAGAUAUUCUCCCAUCUGUUUUCCCUUCCCUUUUUUCAUUUCGAACAAAUUUUCCCUUUUUUCUCGCGUGGGAGCGACAGUAACCAAUGAUAAUUUAGACUCGAACAAAAAACAUAUUGCAGCAGACACGCAAAACCAACACUUUUUACAGAAAGCGGGAUUUGAUUACAUAACGAUUACGGGUGGAAAUUACAAUCUAAUCAAGGAUCUCAAGCGAAGCGACGAUCCGAAGAAAUGCGAAUAUUUUUACCAGCAGUUUGUUCUUAAUAUCAAAAAUCACUUAACGAGAACGAAACUGUUCAUGAACGGCGGCUUUGUACUGCUUUCGGAUAUGAUCUGCCAAAGAAAAUAUUUGCCGGUCAAGUGA